GGCGGUCGUAGUCCUAAGUCCGACUGACUGACCGAGAGCCGAGACCAACUUUGCAACUGGACUGCGAGGCUUUUCCUUUGUGUCAAAAUCAAAAUUAUUCUGACGCAGGAAUAGGACCGUAAAAAUAAGAUAAAAGAGUUCACCAUUCCAAAGACAGCAGUGAUUGAGUGCUCUGGGUUCUUUUCCAAAGAUGGAUCCAACUCAAGAAGACGUGGACACCUCCUGCUCCCUUUGCUACAAUGUGAUAUUCUUUGUUUUUGGGUUCAUCGGCAUAUUAGCCGGAUUGGCCGUCAGCAAACUUAACCUGAUUUAUUUGUGGAAGCAUAAGGUUGACACCACCUCCAAGAGACACGGUGGAGAGCUUGUUGCUGAAGUUCUGAAAGCGCACGGCGUUGAAUUCAUAUUCACGCUAGCUGGUGGCCACAUCUCACCAAUCUUGGUCGCAGCAGAAAAGACUGGCAUCAGAGUGAUUGACACCCGCCACGAGGUGUCUGCCGUCUUUGCUGCAGAUGCAGUUGCCAGACUGAAUAGCACAGUAGGCGUUGCAGCUGUGACCGCUGGCCCAGGAGUCACCAACACCGUCACAGCUGUCAAGAAUGCACAACUAGCCGAGUCCCCAAUCUUGCUAAUUGGAGGGGCGGCUGCCGGGAUUUUGAAGGGCAGAGGGGCUCUGCAAGAUAUUGACCAGAUUGACUUGUUUCAUUCCAUUUGCAAAUACAGCGCUUCUGUCAAGACUGUCAGGGACAUUGUGCCAACUCUAAAAAAGGCUCUGUAUGAGGCUCAAUCGGGCACACCAGGACCAGUUUUUGUCGAAUUUCCACUUGAUGUUUUGUACCCUUACGACCUAGUCAAACGUGAGCUUUUCAAUGUACCUGCUUCAAAGAAACUUAUGGGGAAAAUUAUAAACUGGUACAUGAACAAUUAUUUGAGCAAUCUUUUUGCUGGCGCCUGGGAACCUGUAGAUACGAAUCCAUUUGAAAUCAAGCCUUUGGUGACUGACAACGCAACUAUGCAAAAGUGCGUCGAGGCUCUUUCGAAAAGCAAGAAGCCAGUUUUCGUGAUUGGCAGCCAGGCCUUGCUUCCUCCAAACAGCGUUGAAAAUUUGAGAAAGUCCCUUGAAGCAUUGGGAGUGCCGUGCUACCUAAGCGGAAUGGCCAGAGGAUUGCUUGGCAGAAAGUCUUCCAUCCAAAUGCGGCACCACAGAGGAGACGCGUUGAAAGAGGCCGACCUGAUUCUCUUGGCAGGAGCGGUGUGCGACUUCCGCCUCUCGUACGGAAGAUCCCUCAGCAAAUCUGCGACCAUUAUUGCUGUCAAUCGUGAUAGUGAACAGCUGCACAAAGUGGGUUUUAUCUUAACUAAGAUUUAUAGUACUAAAAUCAACUCUUUACAGAAUGCUGGAAUAUUUUGGAAGCCUACCAUUGCUGUUGAGGCUGACCCCUCUUUGUUUGUCUACAAGCUGGGCAUGUGCUUGUAUGAUUUUAAAUGCGACCCAGCGUGGGUGUCGAGACUGCAGGAGAGAGAUGUCAAGAAAGAUGAAAAGAAUGAAAAAAUGUCCCUAGAACCAGCCACAAAAUAUUUGAACCCUAUGAAGAUCCUGAGUGAUUUGGAGCAGUUUUUGCCUGACGAUGCUAUCUUAGUUGCUGACGGUGGGGACUUUGUUGGGACUGCAGCUUAUAUAUUAAGACCAAGGGGUCCGCUGCAGUGGCUGGAUCCUGGAGCCUUCGGGACUCUUGGAGUGGGCGGCGGAUUCGCUCUUGGUGCCAAAUUAUGCCGACCCAACUCGCAAGUCUGGAUUAUUUGGGGCGAUGGUUCGUCGGGCUACAGCAUUGCUGAGUAUGACACCUUCCGCCGGCACAAUGCUCCUGUGAUCGGGCUCAUCGGCAACGAUGCUUGCUGGACCCAAAUCGCCAGAGAGCAAGUACCAAUGUUUGGUACGAAUGUGGCCUGUCAGCUAACUCACUGCGAUUACCACGUUGUGUCAGAAGGAUACGGUGGAAAGGGCAUCCUGCUCUCCGACACUACUGCGUCUAACAAGGACACAUUUGAAGAGGCUGUCAAGUUGUAUAACGAAGGCCAUAGCGUCGUGAUCAACGCGCUGAUUGGCACAACAAAGUUCAGGGAAGGCAGCAUUUCGGUUUGAAUCGCAUUUUAACUGGCAUGAAAACGCACACUUUACGGGACCCUUUAGUUGUUAUAUAGUUAAGUUUGUUGUUGAUAAUGGUAUUUUGGUUCGCAAAUUCUAAUCAAUAAAAUUUUAUUCUGAACUGCACAAACCAGAAAA